AUGGCCUCGGAAGGAGGAGAAAAUCUGAAGAGCGAGCAAGAUGCCACUCUAGCACAACUCGAAAGUGCAGGGACAGAACUCGAGCUGUUCCAGCUGUCUGGGGACAUAGACGAUGUCCUGUUGGACGCCAGCCUCGACGAAUAUCAGCAGUAUCUUGACCAACUCGACGCCGCCAGCGCUCACCUCGAUGCCCUCCUCGCCUCCACCGCCGCGACCCUCGAUGAGCUGUCUUCCAUCUCGGCAUCCUUCAAAUCUGUCAGUGCUCAAACAAAGUCCUUCCAGGCCCAGUCGGCCUCCAUUCUGGAAGAACAACGCAAGAGUGAAAUCGUCGCGCACCAGAUCGCCGAGAAUUUGCGAUACUAUGAACCGCUCGAACGCAUUACCCGUCGUCUCAACGCACCGCAGGCAGGCAGCUUCGUCGGCACCAAGGACUUUUCGGACAUGCUGGUCACCCUGGACGAAUGCAUCGACUACAUGCAGACGCACCCGUCCCACAAGGAAGCAGAAUCCUACCGGUCACGUUACAGGCUCCUGCUGACUCGAGCAUUGACAUUGGUGCGCAACACCUUCAUGGCGGCGGUGCGGGAGACGACUACUGAAGUUGCUGGUCGCAUUGCAGCGAAGCAGCUCAACGACACCACGAUGUCCGCGCUUCUCUACACAAAGUUCCGGGUGGGAGCCGCCGAGAUGAAGGAGCUCGGUCUGGAAAUCCAGAAGCGCGCCAACCCGCCGGCAGACGCAGAGCCCGGCACUGAGGGGGAAUACCAAAGCCUCAUGAACGAGUUGCACUCCAGCUUCGCCGCCUGUAGGGGGAGAUUGAUCCUGCCCAUCGUGCAGAAGCGCCUCACGGAGACGGCUCAGGUGCCCAGUUCCAAGGACUUGGUGCAGUUUGCACGGGCCAGUAUCGGCUACAUUCGGGGUAUAUGUCUCGAUGAGUUUGAGCUGUGGUCGGAGUGGUUCCAUGGCUACCACGGACUGUACGACUUCCUCGAGUCCAUUUGCGAACCGCUGUAUGAUCAUCUCCGGCCUCGGAUCAUUCACGAGAACAAGCUCUCCAAGCUUUGCUCCCUGGUCACACUGCUUCAAACCCGCUACCUUCACGACGAGGAAGAAGACGGCCCGACCGACCUGAACCAGCUGGAUUUCUCUGCGCUCAUCCAACCGGCUCUGGAAGACGCACAAACUCGCCUUGUUUUCCGCGCUCUGGCCAUCCUUCGUGAGGAAAUCGAAAUGUUCAGACCCAAGCCCGAAGACCUGGACUACCCCCGGCUCACCUCCGCGCCGCCCAUGUCGGCCACCGCUCCGCUGUCCGGACGCCGCUCCUCCCGCGAUGCUUUGACGCCACUGCCCAAAACCCCGACCACCAACGAUCUUGACGAUGAUUCCGGCGAGGAGGGUUCCUUCAGUUGGACACUCGCCGCGUCGCGGCGGUCCGCUCUAAAACACUGCUAUCCCACACUCUCAAGAUCUCUGCGCCUCCUCUCGCGAAUCUACCGCCUGGUCAACUCCUCCGUGUUUGACGACUUGGCACACCAAAUUGUGCACCAGACCACCCUAUCUCUCGUGACCGCGUCUCAGCAAAUAUCUACCAAGUCCUCACCAGUCGACGGUCGACUUUUUCUGCUCAAACACCUCUUACUUUUAAAGUCGCAGAUCGUGGCGUUCGACAUCGAAUACGUGACCCCAGACGUGAGCUUUGACUUUUCGGGCGUCGCAUCCACGUUCUGGGAACUCCGUGAACGAGGUGGCCUCUUCAACCCUGCGAGUUGGAUGAAGCUGUUCAGCUCUGGCGGACUGCUGCCCCGGGUGGUGGAGAACAUGAUGGACGCCAAAGUCGAACUUGACGGCCAGUUGAGGACGGCCAUCAAUGAAUUCACAGCAGGUUUCGCCGCGGACAUGUGCAAAGAUCUUCCCAAGGACCUGGAAAAGACGGGGUCCCGGAAAGGUGACCGGGAGAGCAUGUUGGCUGAGGCGGUGGAGAAGACCCGGAUGAGGAUCGAGAAGGAGAUCCCCAUCCUCCGAGCCAAACUGGAACAGUACCUGGAUGACCACCGCACGAGAGAGACCCUGGUCGCCGCGGUCGAGGACCAGGUGGUGCAGAUUUACGAGGCAUUCUUCGACGCGUACACCUCCCAACCACCCGGAAAGGCUGGGACACGGGAUGGGAGGGUCAAUGGUGCCGCGGCGACGGUGACCACGCCCAUCUCGCGCAAAGGAAAGAGCCCGGAGAAUGCAGUGUGGGAUCUCGACACGUUUGCCGAAUGGGCGGAAGGGCUGUUUAACGUCGCGUUGCCCAACGUCGAGGAAGAAGAGGAGGAGGAUGUGGAUGGUGAUGGCAGCCGUGUCGCUUCGAGGAGCUUUUCGAGGAGCGGUAGCCUUUAG